UUUCUGAGGUCUACUUCUACCUUUGACUCGCGAAAGAAGGACGCUCAUAAUAAGUCUCAGCAGUUACUAUGCAUAACUGGCAUUUACCGCUAUUUGCGUUUCUUGCAUUUCUUCACCCAGUUGUGUGCUUCUCCGAGCACAGUCUUGUUGAUGGACGGGAACAGCGUUGCUACAGCAAUAACUUACUGCGCGAUAAGCGGCUACCCUAUGGAACAGUCUGUUUCCAAAAAUCCGAAGACAAUCGCUUAAAUAACAGAGCUGAAAUACGUAAAGAUCGACGACAUGAAGUAAAAAGAGACGUCUCUGAACUCACUAGGUUUGCAAACAGAAGACUCGGCGACUUACGAUCGGAGAGUGAAGCAAGCCGCAAUUCUCGUGAAGUUGCUGACCGAUUGUCACGAUCUGGAAAUCAGCAGGUGAGGCUAAUAAAUGUUCUACGGCAACGAUCAUUGCCCACUCUCGAACUUGGGGUACGACAAUUCUCUCCAGCCAUUCGUAGAACUGUUUCAAAGGAUAUUGAUCGUGAUCAACGCCUUCAAGAUAUUGUGCGGCAGCGUGAGUCAAGAGACUUCCAGACACGAUUGUAUGAACGUGACAACCGAGAACACAGGUUAUCUACAGUUAACAGCAACAGAAUGGUGCGCAAUUCAGGCGACGAAACGAGGCACACAACUCCAUACGACUCGUGGCGUGAUAGUCAGAGAAUCAGAGUUGGAGAAGUUGUUAACGAAUUCCGGAGGAUACGCUCAAGAGAGACGCGCGAUUUAAUCCAUAGAACAAGAAGUGAUAUAGGACACUCUGAAAUCUCUAGAGAACGACGCGAAAUCAGGGAAAGAAUGGAUGAACGCCGCGUAUUUAGCCUACAGCCCGGUUCCCGACUUCAACGCGACACUAUGCGAGAACACCGGUCUCUGGAGCGCGAGGUACCAGAUAGUAGAGACACCAGACUUCCGUCCUUAGUCUCAAGAAGUGCUGAUCGCAUUCGUAGUAUUAGGGACGAAACGAGUUCACGUUUACGAGAAGUCCGUAACGAAAGGCAACGUGUUGACUCCAGAAUUCUCGCUGAAAGGAUAAGUGACCGCCGCCAAUCACAUCUAUCAAACAGGGAAGUCAGAGAUAAGUUUGAACGCGAACGUCGCGACAAGACUACAACAAUCCAUCUAGACUCACGAGAAAGGAUGUCAGAGGAAAGACGACCUAACCGAAACUCUGUAGAUCGUGUACGAAAUAUCGACAACAGGGACACGAGACUGGAGCGCUUUGCCAACCGCAGGGAUUCUAGAACGUACGAAAGAGUAGCUCGAGUGUAUCGUGAUAAUAGAGUAGCUUCAGAAAAUCGACUAGAAAGCAGCACAAUGAAUCAAGAAAUUCGGCAAGAUGAAAAUAUCCUCAGCCGAAAGGAUCGCCGAUCUUCUGAUCGUAUGGUGAUUCGUGACAUGAAACGCGCAACUCGUAGUGGAUCUACCGAAGCUAGAGAGCGUGACACAACUCGUAUUGAGCAUAGGAUGACAAAGAAUAUGGAGCGAGGUGAUAUGGAUUCAAGAUUUAGAACGAAUGAUUUCAGACGAGUGCGUGAAAACCUUUCCUCUACGAUCAGAGAGAAGACCCAGGCCACGGAGCAAUCUAUAGUAUUGAACUGGCAGUAUCUGUUCUAUACAUUGCAAGGGGUCUAUCUAUGCAGUCUACUGAUUCAAAUGUCUGAUAAUGGAUCUAAGAAAAAAUCUAGGUCAUUCUCCUGGUGGCCGGCGAAUCAAAGCUUGGUCAAAGUGGAUUAAAACAACAACGUGCAUUCAACAUUUACCUUUUGCUUAGUAGUUUGUAGACAAAAGUAGAUUGAUGUUACAGAGACAUCGAGUACAUAACCGUACUCGAUGUAUAGUGUAUAUGAUAUUAUUGUAGAAAAUAAAGCUUUUAUU